AUGCGAAUGUCGCUUAGUGAAUUGUGUGAAUGUGAAGUACUACUGUUCAAUGUCAAAUACAUCGCUUUCGAGGGUCGCAUUUUGCGCCAAGCUGUUCGUGCACAGUUUCUGUUCAUAAAUCGCACCAACGAUGCAUUGUUGCCUGCCGAUCGGGCCAUAUCAAUUAUUGAUAAAAAAGCGCUGAAUCCGAAAUCACCAGUGCCAAAACUAAGCGCCAUCACUGUAAAUCGUUGGUUCAUGACGAAAAUAUUAAGCAUUAUGACCUCCUUUCAAGCAGUUCUUGUUGAAUUUCAGCAAACAACUAAUGCGGUAAAGCUUGCUGAUGCUAUGCCAUAUUCGGGUUUUCGUGAAAUAGCUAUAUUGCUUGCUAUCUUCGCAUUCCUGACACUUUCACUGCUGAUUGUACUCGCCGUCAUUCUCUGCUACUAUCGCUCAAAGUAA